AUGUGCAUCGUCACUCCCAAUCCAUCAUCAUCGUCGUCAAGAAACCAAGCAAUGGCUUUACUAGACGAGAGCCUCUUUCACUGUAGUCUCCUUAGCCUCUACCUAAUAGGACCACCUACCUUCAUCUCCCUCAAGUUCCUUCAAGCCCCAUACGGCAAGCACCACCGUCCAGGGUGGGGUCCUACAAUCUCUCCGCCUUUGGCUUGGUUCCUCAUGGAAAGCCCCACUCUUUGGCUCACCAUCCUCCUCUUCCCCUUUGGCCAACAUUUCACCAAUCCCAAAGCGCUCAUUCUCAUCUCCCCUUAUCUCCUCCACUACUUCCACCGCACUUGCAUCUACCCACUUAGGAUGUACCGGAAUUCCAGAUCCACUGGUGGUUUUCCGGUGAGUGUGGCACUUAUGGCGUUUGUGUUUAAUGUGUUGAAUGCUUACUUGCAGGCUAGGUGGGUUUCUCAUUAUAAGAGUGAUUAUGAUGGGGGGAUGUUUUGGUGUAAGUUUUUUGGUGGGUUGGUGGUGUUUGUGUGGGGUAUGCGGAUUAAUAUGUGGGCUGAUAGGGUUUUGUUAGGUUUGAAGAGGGAAGGUGGUGGAUAUAAGGUGCCAAGAGGAGGAUGGUUUGAGUUGGUGAGCUGCCCUAACUACUUUGGAGAGAUUGUGGAGUGGCUUGGAUGGGCUGUGAUGACUUGGUCUUGGGUUGGGUUUGCCUUUUUUCUCUAUACAUGUGCUAACUUGGUGCCUAGGGCAUGUGCCAAUCACAAAUGGUAUUUGAAGUUUCAAGAGGAUUAUCCCACGAAUAGGAAGGCGGUGAUCCCUUUCUUGUGUUAA